CUUUUUCUCUGUGUCAGGACUAUACAGUGCUCAUCGGGGAGCAGCUUCAAAGACAAAAGGGUUGUGUCUCGCGUCUUUCCGACUGUUCUUUUUGUUGUUGUUUGUAUGUCAGGCCUUUGGUAAAGAAUGCAUUUCCCCGAAGACUGCCAUAAUGAACGAAAAGUGACAUGUAAACAUCCAGUAACAGGACAGCCAUCACAGGACAACUGUAUUUUUGUCGUCAACGAACAAACUGCUGCAUCUAUGACAUCUGAGGAGAAGAAGGACCGACCAGUGAGCACAAUAAGUGAAGCAACUAACUAUAAUGUGACUACAGAUUAUGCUGUGCAUCCAAUGAGCCCGGUGGGCAGAACAUCGCGAUCUUCAAAGAAGGUUCAUAAUUUUGGAAAGCGGUCAAAUUCAAUAAAGAGAAAUCUUAAUGCACCAGUUGUGAGACGGGGUUGGCUCUACAAGCAGGAUAGUACUGGAAUGAAGCUGUGGAAGAAACGGUGGUUUGUACUUUCUGAUCUGUGUCUAUUCUAUUACAGAGAUGAGAAAGAAGAGGGAAUAUUAGGGAGCAUACUUCUACCUAGUUUUCAGAUAGCUGUGCUUUCUCCUGAGGAUCAUAUUAACCGUAAAUAUGCUUUUAAGGCAGCUCAUCCAAACAUGAGGACCUAUUAUUUCUGCACAGAUACAGGGAAGGAAAUGGAGUUGUGGAUGAAAGCCAUGACAGAUGCAGCACUUGUGCAGACAGAACCUGUGAAAAGAGCAGAGAAGAUAACAACUGAAAAUACACCACCUCAAGAAGUGAAUAAUAUGUCAAACCACCGGGUCUUAAUAAAACCAGAAGCACAGAAUAAUCAGAAAAAUAAAGAAGUAAGCAAAGCUGAAGAGAAGAAGGCUUUGGAAGCUGAAAAAUAUGGGUUCCAGAAAGUUGGACAAGACAAACCCUUGACUAAAAUUAAUAGUGUAAAGCUAAAUUAUUUGGGAUCAGAAUACAGGACCUUACCAACAAGCACAGUUCAGGCUGCACAUUUCAAGCCAGUUCAUUUAAAUGGGUCUGAAAAUAAAGCUGUCAAUGUUAUCCUGGCGGACGCUGGAGAUGGAGGCCAGCACAAUACAGCUCAGUCGCAUAUGGAGUCUGAGCGAGUCAUGCAGAGAACUAACUCAAUGCUGCAGUUGGAACAGUGGAUUAAAAUGCAGAGAGGAAAAGGGCAAGAGGAAGAAACAAGAGGCAUUAUUUCGUAUCAGACGUUGCCAAGAAAUAUGCCAAGCCAUCGACCUCAAGCUUUACCGCGUUACCCAGAAGGCUAUAGAACCCUGCCACGGAACACCAAAAUGAGGCCUGAGAGCAUCUGUAGUGUAACGCCAUCCGUUUACGACAGAACCAUAGGGCCAGUAACAGCUGAAGAAAAACGGAGAUCAAUGCGAGAUGACACAAUGUGGCAACUCUAUGAAUGGCAGCAACGUCAGUUUUACAAUAAACAAACAACUCUUACUAGACAUAAUACUAUAAGUAGUCCAAAAACCAUGAUUAAUAUUUCUGAUCAGGCAAUGCAUUCAAUUCCAACAUCACCUUCCCAUGGUUCAAUAGCUGGUUUCCAAGGAUAUUCCCCUCAACGCACAUACAGAUCAGAAGUAUCCUCACCAGUGCAAAGAGGAGAUAUAACGAUUGACCGUCGACACCGGACACAUCAUGCUAAGCAUGUGUUCGUGCCUGACAGAAGGUCAAUGCCAGCAGGUCUGAGCUUGCAGCCUAUUACUCCCCAGAGUCUUCAAGGCAAAACGCCAGAGGAGCUCACACUGCUGCUAAUAAAGCUGCGACGGCAGCAAGCUGAACUGAGUAGUAUCCGGGAACACACACUAGCACAGCUCAUGCAGCUAAAACUUGAGGCCAGCAGCCCAAAGAAUGAGAUUCUUUCACAUCAUCUCCAAAGGAAUGCUAUAUAUUUGGAUCAUCAGAUGAAAGAGAAUGAACCUUUAAUCACCAUGGUUCACACUAUGAUUGAGAACUCGGCGCUAAGACCCCAACUGUACCAGCAAGUAAGAAGGCAGAAGGACCUCAGUUUGCUAGUGUUGACACAAGAAGAGUGUAGGGGGACACUAUACAAAUAUAGAUCUGAAGAGCUGGAUAUCGAUGCUAAGCUUAGCCGAUUAUGUGAACAAGAUAAAGUUGUACAAGCGCUGGAAGAGAAACUUCAGCAGCUACACAAGGAGAAAUACACGCUUGAGCAAGCUUUGCUAUCAGCCAGUCAAGAGAUAGAAAUGAAUGCAGAUAAUCCAGCCUCCAUACAGAACGUUGUUUUACAGAGAGAUGACUUGCAGAAUGGACUGCUUAGUACAUGCCGAGAAGUAUCUCGAGCUACUGCAGAGCUGGAAAGAGCUUGGAGAGAGUAUGACAAAUUAGAGUAUGAUGUAACAAUUACAAGGAACCACAUGAAGGAGCAGCUUGACCGACUGGGGGAAGUUCAGACUGAGUCAGCAGGUAUACAGCGAGCUCAGAUUCAGAAAGAACUAUGGAGAAUUCAAGAUGUCAUGGAAGGUUUGAGCAAGCAUAAACAGCAAAGAAGUUCUACAGAGGCGGGUAUCAUUGCAUCCAAGCCUUUUUCAACUAUUAAGUACAAAAAUGAGGAAGAGGAAGUAGUCCCACCUCGUCCUCCACUCCCUCGGUCCUAUGACUUUACAGAGCAUCCUCCCAUAAUCCCCCCUCUGCCCAGUGAUAGCAGCUCCUUGCUCUGUUAUAGCAGGGGCCCAGUACAUCUGCUGGAAGAAAAGAAGAUUCACCAAGUUCAAGGAUAUCAGAGAAAUGGAUCUCACUGUGCUCCUGAUUAUAGACUUUAUAAGAGUGAACCAGAAUUAACAACAGUGGCAGAAGUUGAUGAAUCUAAUGGAGAAGAAAAGAUUGAACCAGUUUCAGAGUCAGAAACUUCUACAGCUAAAGGUUCACAUUUUCCUGUUGGAGUUGUGCCUCCCCGAACCAAAUCACCCACUCCAGAAUCUUCAACAAUAGCCUCUUAUGUCACUUUAAGGAAAAACAAGAAGAUAGAUUUAAGAACGGAAAGACCAAGAAGUGCAGUGGAGCAGUUAUGUCUGGCGGAAAGCACUCGGCCUCGAAUGACUGUGGAGGAGCAGAUGGAAAGAAUAAAGCGGCACCAGCAGGCUUGUCUAAGAGAGAAGAAAAAAGGAAUAAAUAUUAUUGGCAUAUCAGAUCAGUCUCCUGCCCAAAGCCCAUCUUUUUUCAGGGAGAAUCCAUUUAAAUUGACACAGAAUCGAAGAAAGGAUGAUUUACUGUCUAGUAACAUAAAGGAAUUAGAGUGUGCCAUCAGAGAGAAUAAUCUGGAGCAAAAUCAUGAAACUCCUCUAGGAGGAAUAGCACAACUGAAAGACAAUAAUGAACAACAACAGCAUAAUGUGGAUUUUACCAAAAAGUUGACAAAAACCGAUGAUCUCCUGUUGUCAGACACUUGUAUUGUAUCUGAGCCAAACGAAGUAAAUGUUGAAAGGAAGGCAGAAAAACAAAAGAAACUGGAAAAAGCACAUGAGAUUGAUUCCAGUUUGCAGAAUGUGGCCCCAGUUGCAAACCACAAACCUGAAACUAGACCAGAAAAGAACGAAGCAGCCGGAGUUCAAGAACAAGAAGGGUUUAAUUCUUCUUUUGAGUUAUCAGUACAGACAUCGGCAGUGAAAAGUCUGUCCUCUUCACCAGAGUCCCCAUCAUCACCAGCUCCAUCAGCCCAACCACAGCUCACUGAAGGAUCACAUUUCAUGUGUGUAUAGCUACCAGAGAAGCAGCAUCUGGAAAAUGCAUGAUGCGGAUGAUGAAGUAAUACCUAUAUAUAGUUUUUACAGACAGUAAAGUGAUACUCCUGGCAUGAUGGAAGUAGAAUCUGACAUAGGAAAACUGCAAUAUAAGAUAUCCUGGAACUAAGGAAAGAGAACUCAUUUGAGAAGGCUACUUUCUAUGCCAUGGCUCCGAUAUCAUAGAGACAUAUUUCUAGAUCUCUAUCAAUAGCAUAUUGUUACAUUUUAAGCACAUGGAUAAAAAGUUUAAUGGAGUGAUGAUAAAUUUUAUAUAGUACCUUUCAUCCCUGAGUUCUUUAAAUCCUUUACUAAAUAACUGUCAGCAGCAACUGGAAAUGCAUUACUUCUGGAUGGAAUACAUUACCUCUGGAUGGGAAUACAUCCCAUAUGCACUACAGCACAGCAAAUGAAGAAUACUGUGUCCUGUUUCUCGUCUGCCCUUAGGUGAAACAUUCAGGGACUUUGCUAUUGCUGUUUAUUUUAUGUGGAAGGCAGUCUAAUAUAGUGAUAAAUAAUGCAUAGCAGUAUAAAACUCUUAGAUAGUUCUUCAUACAAAAAUGUGUGUUUGAUUCAGUUUACAUGUGUUCAUUGCCUCAAAACAGCCUUAAUGCAUCAAGAAAAAGGUUUCAGAAAUAGUUUUAUUUUCUAAGAUACCACAGUGAGCUCAGAAACUUCUAAUCCCAAGAAUUACUUUAUACAAUAUUCUAGUUUUGGUAAAAUAAAGUAACUAGUUCCAUGUCUGUCUUUCAGCUGUAACAGCUUCUAUUGAAACAAUUCAUGGCUGAGAUGUAUGGACGUGUGGAAAUGUAAGAAGAUAUUGUACAGUAUAUUUUAAAUCUAUGAAAUUCAUAGUUCUGAUGCUUUUGACUGCAGAGCAUCAUUUUAUCACCUCCUGGAAAAUGUUUAUUCCAAGACAGCUUUAAUGGCCCAUAUGUACACUCAACAAUCUGAAGAUUGUUCUUCUGAUACCAGCUUGCUGCUAUGAUUUCCAUGCACAUAAGUAAAGGUUCUUGUAAAUGUGCGGUCCACUGUCAGAACCUUAGCUGACAUUUUCCAAAAUUGAAUUUUUGGUUAAUUAUGGUAUCAUUUAAGUUUUCAUUUUUGCUUCUUUUAGGUACGUACAGAAUCAGUUACUUUUGCAUAUUGCCACUAAACCUUGUUUUACAGUUUCUAGACACUACAAUAUAUUGUUUUAACUUUUAAUUUGUAAAUUUUUUAUAUAAAUAUAUAUAUAUAUUUAAAAUGUGCCAUUUUUAUUAUUGCUGAGUAAAGUAUGUCCUGUUUCUGCUGUAAUUAUUUCUCAGUCAGGUUGCAACGUCAGCAGUUACUGCCACACUGUUGUCAACAUAUACACGAAUGUUAGUGCUUAAUUUUUCUUAAUUAAAUGAAGUUGUAGGUAUUUUGAGGUACUGGGCUUUUACUUGGUUGGAAUAGGGUGUGUACAGCAAUAAGCAGGUUUUCAAUCCAGUACUUAGUUUGUGUACAAAUGUAAUUAUGUUCAUUGUGUAUAUAUUAUACAAUGAGCGCAUACAAUGUAAGUAUAAGAAGCCACUUACUAUUGUUCAAAUGCAAAUGUUCAUAUCUCAUUUCUUUUAUAUCAUGUUAAAUAAAUGUUGAUGUUCUUAAGGAA